GUAUGUAAUAACUUCUAAGUUGUAUUUUUGUUUUUUCAUAGCAAAUUUCUUAUCUAUGCCUGUCUGCUGCUGUUCUCUGUUCUGCUAUCUCUCCGUUUGGAUGACAAAAUUCAGUGGAGCUAUUGGGCUGUCUUUGCUCCAAUAUGGCUAUGGAAGCUGAUGGUCAUUGUUGGUGCCUCCGUAGGAACAGGAGUAUGGGCACGAAACCCACAGUAUCGAGCAGAAGGAGAAACUUGUGUGGAAUUCAAAGCUAUGCUAAUUGCAGUAGGCAUCCAUCUGCUACUGCUGAUGUUUGAAGUUCUGGUAUGUGACAGGAUCGAAAGAGGGACUCAUUUCUGGCUUCUGGUCUUCAUGCCAUUGUUCUUUGUAUCUCCAGUGUCAGUUGCAGCUUGUGUGUGGGGCUUCCGACAUGACAGAUCUCUGGAGUUGGAAAUUUUGUGUUCUGUCAAUAUUCUCCAGUUCAUAUUUAUUGCACUCAGACUAGACGAGAUCAUCAGAUGGCCAUGGCUUGUUGUUUGUGUUCCUCUGUGGAUCUUGAUGUCCUUUCUGUGUCUGGUAGUACUCUAUUACAUUGUUUGGUCUGUCCUAUUCCUCCGUUCAAUGGAUGUUAUUGCUGAGCAAAGGAGAACACACAUAACAAUGGCCAUCAGUUGGAUGACAAUCGUUGUUCCAUUACUCACAUUUGAAAUUCUACUAGUGCACAGACUGGAUGGACAUAAUGCAUUCUCAUAUAUACCCAUUUUUGUCCCGCUUUGGCUUUCCUUGAUAACUUUAAUGGCAACAACCUUUGGACAGAAAGGAGGAAAUCAUUGGUGGUUUGGAAUUCGCAAAGAUUUCUGUCAAUUUCUACUUGAAAUUUUCCCAUUCUUGAGAGAAUAUGGAAAUAUUUCUUAUGAUCUUCAUCACGAAGAUAAUGAAGAAAUGGAAGAAACACCUGUUCCAGAACCUCCCAAAAUUGCACCAAUGUUCCGAAAAAAGACUGGAGUGGUCAUUACACAGAGUCCUGGAAAGUACGUUAUUCCACCUCCCAAGCUAAGCAUUGAUGUGCCAGAUUAAAACGAAUUUAGAAGAUGGACAACUGACAACAAAACUGGAACUAGGAAUAAACAACCAAAUGUA